GUAGAUAGAAUUAUGGUUGUCUCCCCCUCUCUUUCUCUUUUCCUAAUCUCAAAUUCCUAAUAAUCUCCAUAACUUCAAUCCACAAAUUCCACUCAAAAACCUAAUUUCAUCUCUGCAGAUGCUUCCAAUUCCCAGAUCCCAGAUCUCUAAUUCCUUCAUUUUCAUCCACAAGGCCUUCAAUUGCUUCACCCAUUGCCACAACAACCCUUCAUAGAAUCACACAUUCAUUCUUUAUAAUAGGUGUUUCAUUUUGAAAAUUUUGUGACAAUGUUGAAGAUUAUUAAAGGGAUGAAAAAGGGUUCGAAACCGGAGGUGAUCGAACCGCCUCCGGGCCCAAACGGUCCAUCGGAUGUGACCGUAAACCACGCGUCUCGUUCGGCUGUCCCGCCGGCUCAGCUAACCCAUGUUAAGUCACAGGCUGUUACUAGAACAUCUGCACCUCAAGAUACUGUCAUUGAGGUCACACCUUUGUUGAAAGACGUACCGAUAUCCGAACGACACGUUUUGUUCAUCAGGAAAGUGAGUAUGUGUGCGGUUUCGUUUGAUUUUGGUGACGCGUUGAAGAGCGUUAAAGAGAAGGAGAUCAAGAGGCAGAAUUUGCAAGAGCUUGUUGAGUUAGUGCAGUCGGGGUCGAGUAAGAUGAAUGAGAUCAUGCAGCAAGAGAUGGUUGAUAUGAUAGCGGUUAAUAUCUUUCGGGCUUUGCCUCCUGCAGCGUACGAGAAUACCGGAGCGAUCGAUGGUGAUCCUGAAGAAGAUGAUAUGUAUUUAGAGCCCUCGUGGGCGCACUUGCAGCUCGUGUAUGAAUUGCUUUUACGAUACGUCGUGUCACAUGAUACCGACACUAAAGUGGCAAAACGGUUUAUUGAUCAUUCAUUCGUGUUAAACUUGCUUGAUUUGUUUAACUCCGAAGACCCGCGAGAACGCGAGUAUUUGAAAACUAUACUACAUCGCGUGUAUGGUAAGUUCAUGGUCCAUCGCCCGUUGAUAAGAAAGGCGAUAAAUAAUAUCUUUUACAGGUUUAUAUUUGAAACCGAGAGGCAUCCUGGGCUCGGUGAAUUGUUGGAUAUACUCGGAAGUAUAAUAAACGGGCUUGCUGUCCCGAUCAAAGAAGAGCAUAAGAUGUUUCUUGUCCGGGCGCUUAUACCACUACACAAAGCGAAGUAUAUAAAUUAUUAUCAUCAACAGUUGUCGUACUGCAUAACCCAAUUUGUCGAAAAAGAUUACAGAUUGGCGGAUAGUGUUAUUAGAGGGUUGUUGAAAUACUGGCCGGUUACUAACUGUACGAAGGAGAUUCUGUUUCUUGGAGAAAUAGAAGAAGUUCUUGAUGUAACGCAACCCGCAGAGUUCCAACGUUGCAUGGUUCCACUUUUUCGACAGAUUGGACGCUGCAUUAAUAGCCCCAAUUUUCAGGUUGCAGAACGAGCACUCUUCUGGUGGAACAAUGAGCAUAUAGUGGACUUAAUCGCAGAAUACCGAGCCGUUAUUUUACCCAUCAUCUUUGAACCCCUAGAGAAGAAUAUUCGGAGUCACUGGAACCAAGCAAUCAAUGAAUUAACCAACAACGUCAGAAAAAUGUUCAAAGAUAUGGAUGCCGAUCUCUUCGAGCAAUGCAAUAAUCAGUUUCUAGAAAAAGAUGCCAUGGUCAACCAAAUGCGAGAGCAACGCGAGUUGAACUGGAAGAAACUUGAGUCGAUCGCUUCGGAACCAGGAGGAGAUGCUAUGGUUAUGGUUAAUUAAUAAAAUUAAUAAAUAAAAUUUUAUUUUUUUUUUAAUUUUUUUUCAUUUUUACCUUUUCUCCCAUUAUUAUGUUAUUAGGUUAAUAAUAAGUUAAAGUGAUCACUAUGUUAACAUCA